AUGUCGCCGUCCCCUCUCUCCACCUUGCCGUCGGCAAGCGAUGAGGUUUCGGCACCACCGACCGCAGCGGCCGGCGACGUGCAGGCACUCAAGGACGACGCAACGUCGCUCUCUGACCAGCAUCCGCGUGUCAGCGACCCCGCCGGCGACGAGGCAGACCUCGAAACGGCGGCGAGUACCGUCUGCGACGAGCCGGAUCACGGCGGUCAAGAUGGAGGGCUUGCGCUUGAUGUCGAGCAUGUUCCCGUCAACGACGACCCUCGACAAUGGCCCAGAGCGAGGAAGACGGCCGUCCUGGCGACUAUCGCAUUCACCGCCAUGGGCGGUACAAUCUCGGCAUCCGUCUUCUUCCCCGCCCUGGGAUCUCUACAGCAAGAGUUGAAGGCGAACGACGCGUUGGUUGCCGCCUCCGUCUCGUCCUUUAUCGCCGGGCAAGGUGUCUUCCCGCUGCUGUGGUCCAGCUUGUCGGAAGUGACAGGGCGAAAGAAGUGCUACAUCGUGGCAUUAGUCAUCUACGUAGUCGGCAGCGUUGUCUGCUCUCGCUCCAACUCCAUCGGCGUCUUCAUCGCCAUGCGAGUCCUGCAGAGUCUCGGCUCGUCUGCCGUCCUCUCGCUUGGGGCGGGAACGCUCGCCGACAUGUACGAUACACAUGAGCGAGGCGAGAAGCUUGGAGUCUAUUACAGCGUUCCGCUGCUAGGGCCCGCACUCGGUCCAAUCGUGGGCGGCGCCGUGACGAGCGCUUCAGACUGGCGGGCGGCCUUCUACUUCCUCGUCGCUUAUGGCGGCGUCUGCUGGCUCCUCGCUCUUUGGCUGCCCGAUACCUUUCGGCACCAACGCAGUCUCGCCUGGCGCAAAGCCUACGAGCGAGCACAACAACAAGCUCGCGAGAAGCGGGCCAAAGCUCCUUCCGUCCUGCCGAAGCCAGCUUCAACUUCCGCCUUCUCACCUCUCAAGAAGAUCGGCACCGCCCUCUCCGCCAAGAGCGGCGAUGUCAAGGUCAAGAUCCGCUUCCGCGAUAUUAAUCCUAUGGCCGCAGCAGGCGCCGUCCUUCGCGAACCUGCGAAUGUCCUCAUCCUCACCUACUCCGGCCUCAUCUUCGGCUCGCAGUACUGCAUGACCUAUACCGCCUCUCGAACGUUCGCCGCCGCCCCGUACAAUUGCACGCCAAUUCAGGUCGGACUCGUGCUACUCGCCUUCGGGAUCGGCAACGUCGUUGGAUCGGUGGGCGGAGGCAGAUAUUCGGACUACGUCCUUCGCAAGAUGAAGGAGCGGAACGGCGGGAAGGGCGAGCCGGAGAUGCGGAUCAAGUCCACCUACCCAGCCCUCGCCUUCCUCCCUCCCCUCUUUGUCGCCUAUGCCUGGACCGUCUACUAUCAAGUCCACAUUGCGGGACCGAUCGGCGUCCUCUUCUUCCUCGGCGCGACCUUGAUGAUCAUCUAUGCCUCAACUCUCGCCUACAUCGUCGACGCAAAUCCGGGAAGGUCGUCGAGUGCGGUUGCUUGCAACAGCCUGUUCCGCGGGGCUUUGGCUUGCGCCGCUUCGCAAGCUGCCGAACCCAUCAUGGCGCGCGUUGGCCACGGAGCUUUUUAUUCGGGCUGGGGCGUCCUGCUGCUGCUCGGCGAAGCAGCGCUGGUCAUCGUCGCGAUCAAGGGCAAGUCAUGGAGGGCAGCGUCGCAGACACGGCAUGAAGCGGAGGACGAGCGGCGACGGGAACGACGGGAGAAGCGGUUGCAUUCGCUAGAAGCGCAGAAGUAG